AUGGCGUUCAACUUUGGAACCAACAACAGCAGCACGCCGAAUAAGCCUCUGUUUGGCGGCGGUGCAGCGACUCCCGGGACAUCAAGUCUGUUCGGCGGCGCGAAUAACAACCCAGGCUCCAGCACACCAGGUGCAACUCCGACCCUCUUCGGCAACGGCGCUGCGAGCUCAGGAUCCACAUUGUUCGGAGGCGGGUCAAGCACGCCCGCUGCAAGCAAGCCUAGCCUCUUCGGAAACACGCAGGCCACGUCCGGCGCAUCGCAGCCAGCUUCAGGUGGCUUCUCAUUUGGCAAUGCUGGCGGUAAUGCCGGAGGAGGCGCGAAGCCCUCGCCAUUUGGUGGAGCAGCCGCCGGUGGAAAUUCUGGCUCGUUGACGGGAGGGACCACGGCGACGACUGCACCCUCAUUCGGCUUCAUGAAACCCGCAGAAUCGUCUACGCCAGCUGCAACACCCGCUCCCAACAAGACCUUCGCUCUCCCCUCCACAACACCCGCAGGACCACCACCAGGCAGGAGCUUAUUCGGCCAGGCUGAUGCAGGCGCAAGCACUGCCUCGUCUAUGUUUAGUGGUGGAGCUACGAAACCCGCAUCCACAUCCUCCACACCAGGCAUCUUUGGCAGCGCGGCCCCCAGUUCGACUCCCGCGCAACCGGCGAGCAACGCGAACCCUUUUGGUGGCUUUGGUAAUAAGAAUGCGCCCAAUGAUGCGAACAAGAGUACGCCUGCGCAGCCAAGCGCUCCGGCCGGUGGUGCAGGUCCGCAAGCGACAGCUCAGAGUUCUUUGUUCAGUCUUGGUAGCACAACGCCUGCAGCUACCCCGGCAAACAAACCAACCUUCGGUUUUGGACAACCUGCUUCAUCUCAACCUACCUCGAAUGCUACGCCCGCACUUAGCUUAGGAGGAAACAAGACACCAUCAUUGAGCCUUGGUGGGGAUCAAUCAGCGCCAGCGUCUACGGGUAGCACACCUGCCAACAUGUCGAAUUUGUUUGGAGGUGGAGGUGCAGCUAGUGGUGCCACUCCAGCGACAACUCAGAGCUCAGGCAAUUCCUUGUUCAGUCGUAUGACGCCUGCCGCAACCUCAGCAGGCGGGUCAACUCCAGCGCCAGCAUCGACAGGCGGGCAAUCAUUGUUCGGCGGACUAGGCGGCCAAAAGCCGGCAUCUUCUGGAGGAGCAACAGCUGGAACUCCAACGUCUACAUCCGGACCCUCUAUGUUUUCGAAUGCUGCAUCUUCGUCUGGAGCUGCACCAAGCGGCACCGCCACCUCUGGCUUCUCUUUAUUCAACAAGGGAACCAGCGCAACGCCCGCUGCAUCGACUGGAGCACCGAGCGGAACGACAACUAGCACAGCAGCAUCUUCGCUCUUUGAUAAGCCGGGGGCUUCUAACGCAGCUUCUUCUGCACCAGGUGCGACGUCAACUGCUGCCCCAACCUCUACCGCCGCUACUGGUGCUGCAUCUGGACCGUCUGGAGACGCAGCCAAGAGCGGCUUCGCGACUUCCACUGCUGGUCCGGCACCCUCUGCACAAUCGCGCCUCAAGAACAAGUCAAUGGACGAAAUCAUUACCCGUUGGGCUUCCGAUCUGUCCAAAUACCAGAAAGAGUUCCAAGCCCAAGCCAAUACAGUCGCUAAAUGGGACCGCGCACUGGUGGAGAACUCGGAUAAGGUCAAGCAAUUAUACUCGAAAACCUUCCAGGCCGAACGUGACGCACAGGAGGUGGAAAAGCACUUGACGCACAUCGAGGACAACCAGGCCGAGCUGGACCACUUCUUGGAUAAGUACGAGAAGGAGAUCGACCAGAUGAUGCAGAUCCACGGUGUCGGCGGCAGAGCAGACAGCCUGCGCGGCCCCGACCAAGAGCGCGAGCGAACUUACAAACUCGCCGAGAAGCUUCAAGACCGCCUCAACGAGCUCAACAAGGACCUCACCGAGAUGAUCGAGGAGAUCAACACCACAUCUCAGACGCUCAGCAAGUCUGGCAAGCCUGACGAUCCGCUUACUAAGGUCGUCCGCGUGCUCAACAGCCAGCUCGCGCAGCUGCAGCUCAUCGACUCGGGGGCCGUGCAGCUGCAGCAGAAGAUUGACCAAGCGCAGAAGGCGGGCCAGCGCGUGGGUGCGAAUGGGUGGAGUGGGUUGGGGAGUGAUCCAGCGGAGGACUUUUAUCGGAGCUUUAGGGGCGGGCGGACGGAGAGGUUUGGGGGUGUCGUAGGUCAGUUACAACGUGUAAGGGUGGGUAGGGGUAGCUGGUGUGUCUGUCAAGAAGGGAAGGGUAUUGGUUUAAUGAUAUGA